GUCCAAUGAGAUAGGUAGAACCGAUUCUCUGUUCUAGUGGCGUGUAAGAUCUCGACAGGAGAGAACGUGCCAAGUUCCAACGAUGUUGCGUUGACCGCGACCGGAAACGUUGUAAACCGCCGUAACUCUUCCUCUUCCCGAGCCUUGAACUCUAUCAGCAACGUAAUCCGUCGAUUUACCGGUCGACUGUGAUGCGACAACUGUAUCGAUUAAUUCGACCAAUUUGAGGCUCAGAGGAAAAACGCUGGAAAAUGUGGCGUUUAAGUUUCCUUCUAAUCGGCGCCGUGAUGGCGGGAGAAUCGGGUCCUGAAAUCACAUACUCUGAAACUCCGAUUGAAUAUUCGCCUUUACCUCACGAAGAGGAUCUUCCUCCACCAUCGCCACUUCCUGGCAUGCUUUAUCCGCGAGAAAGCGAAUCGCGAGAGGUAAAAUCCCUCGAUGGCAUGUGGGACUUCAUAAUUUCACCAUCGGACGAUACAUUGAGAGGUUACAAAGAAGCAUGGUUCUCCGACGAAUUAUCAAAGGUAGGAAAAGUGAUAAAAAUGCCAGUGCCUUCAUCGUACAAUGAUAUAACAACCUCGAGGGAGCUCAGGGACCACGUUGGGGCUGUUUGGUACCAGCGAACGUUUUUCGUGCCCUCUUCUUGGCGGGAUCAAAGGGUCUUUGUUAGAUUUGGCUCUGUCAAUUACCUAGCGCAAGUGUGGAUAAACGGGGGAUUGGUAACCAACCACGAAAUGGGCCACCUUCCAUUCGAAGCUGAGGUGUCCUCAUACUUGGUUUAUGGCGGUAAAAAUCGCAUAACUGUCGCGGUGGAUAACACUUUGCUACAAACGAGCGUCCCACAGGGUAAAAUUGUUGAAACUGCUGUCGAUAAUGGGUCAGUACACAUGCAGACUUACACUUUCGAUUUCUUCAAUUAUGCUGGCAUACACAGGCCCGUUCUGUUGCACACGAAACCGCGGAUCUACAUCGAAGACAUAACAGUAACGACGGGACUGAUCGGUGAUGUUGGUAUCGUAAAAUACGCAGUUGAAGCGGCCGGCUUGCACGAACACGAAAUUCCUAUCUGCAGAGUGAGCUUGCUCGAUGCUGAAGGGAUUUUAGCGGUGAACGAACCGAUUUAUGGGUUUUCCGGCACGCUGAAGGUGCCGAACGCUAAACUGUGGUGGCCCAGGGGUAUGUCCACUGAUCCUGGAUACCUGUACACCUUAGAGGUCACAUUGACAGUGCUGAACGACAGCGGGGUAGACAUCUACAGGCUACCCAUUGGUAUCAGGACUUUAACCUGGACAAACACCACCGUGUUACUUAACAAUAAACCUCUGUAUAUGAGAGGAUUCGGUAGGCACGAGGACUCGAUCAUACGGGGACGCGGUCUGGACUUGGUUACUGUUGCCAGGGACCAUGAGUUGCUGCAGUGGGUCGGCGCAAAUGCUUACAGGACCAGCCAUUAUCCUUACAGCGAGGAAGUCAUUGACGUGGCUGACCGGUUAGGCUUCCUCAUUAUUGACGAGUGCCCGUCCGUGGACACUGAGAACUUCACGCCGAUUCUCCUUUCGCGUCACAAGGACUCGUUAUCUGAGCUUAUAAGGAGAGACAAGAAUCGUCCUUCGGUGAUUAUGUGGUCAAUCGCAAACGAGCCCAGGACGCAGCUACCAGAAGCUGGAGAAUACUUCAAGCAGGUGGCUCAUCACACUAAGGCACUGGACCCUACCAGGCCGGUUACCAUUGCUAUGGCACGAGCUGUUCAGGAGGAUAAAGCCGGCGAGUACCUUGAUGUGAUUAGCUUUAAUCGGUAUAAUGCUUGGUACAAUAACCCAGGCAGACUCGACACCAUAACGAACCGAGUUAUAGGAGAAGCUGAAGCAUGGCACAAAAAAUAUAAUAAGCCUGUACUUAUGUCCGAGUAUGGAGCCGACACUAUGCCUGGAUUACAUGAAUUGCCAGAGUAUGUGUGGAGUGAAGAAUAUCAGGUAGAAGUUCUCUCCAGGCAUUUUGAAGCAUUUGACCAAUUAAGAAACGAAGGUUUCUUUAUUGGAGAAUUCAUUUGGAAUUUUGCAGAUUUCAGAACAGCUCAAACAUUCAUAAGAGUGGGUGGAAACAAGAAGGGUAUAUUUACAAGGGAGAGACAACCCAAAAUGGCAGCAUUUCUCGUUAGGAAAAGGUACCAUUCCCUUCAGAAAGAGCUAGAUGGAACAGAAAUGCCAACAGAUCUCGAAAAUUCCAUUUCAUUUUGUCACUCAAAGGACUCAAUGCUUUAAUUACCUUGCAAUUUUUUGUAAACAAAUUUCCAAAAGAAAGUGUUCAUUACCUGUCUGCACAUGUAUGUGUUCAAAUGUCAAAUUACCAACAGUGUACUUCUAUGUACUUUCAGGUUUAAUAAUCACAAAACUGAAUUCGAUUUUUUAAUAAAUGUUUGAUAAAAA